UAUGGUCAGUGUUGUCUUCAAACCAGAAUGUGGUGACACUCCUGGGAGCGUAUGAUGAUGGGAAACAUGUUUACAUCUUUAUGGAGCUUAUGGAAGGUUCGUGAAAGUAUAUCCAUUUUAUAAGUAGGCAUUAAUACGUGCAGUUUUUUUACGUUCAGUAUACGCACGGAAAAGUUUAAACCCAUUUAAAUGAAGAAUUAUAAAAUAAUUAUAUAAAAAGGACAGUGUUUAUAUAUAUAGUUUUGCAUGUGCAUGAUUUAUUGUGCAUUUCUUAAUGAAAAUAAUUCGUACUUUUGUUAUCUUCAUUUACUUUUUCAAAUCUUGGAAAUGCUUUUAUAAAUAUUGAAAAGUUUAUUUGAUGGCUUUCCUCGCGGCCUUUGACCUAGUGUUUUUCCACAGUCUGUGUCUUUUUGAAGUUUUUCACGCGGAUUUUUGCUUCGUCAUAUCUAGAAAAAACCGGUUUAGACGACGGCGAGACGGAUUUUUACCGUGUAACCCGCUCUUAGAUUUUCAUGUUCUCAUGACCUUAUUUGGUAAAAUUACGUCAUUGUCAUAUAUAAUUAUAAAGAGUGCUAAUUUUUCUUCACCUUAUAUACAAUCUCUGACAAUUUCCCAUAAGAACAUAUGAUCUUGUUUAAACAGGUACGCUUAAAUACAUCGCUGACAACCGUGAAUUCCUGAAUAUCGAUGAGAGGAGAGCGGUAGCUCUGAUGAAACCAAUUUUAAAAUUUCUUGCUUUUAUGCAUGAUGAUGGAUAUGUCCACGCUGAUAUAAAACGUAAGUUUUUGCACACUGAUCUUUUUGUCGAUUUAAUUAAAGAAAGAAAAAGUGAGAUAUCUUAUCAAAUUGUUGGAACAAUUUAUCUAGAAAAUACAAAACAAGUGAAACUCCAAAGAUCAAUAACAUUUUUAUUUAAUAUCAUAAAUAUAAAAAUGUUAUCGAUAAAUUGUGAAUUUGGGCGUGGGAACAUUCUUGGGCAAAAUGCAACGCUCAAAACAAGUGUAAGAAAAGAAACAUAUAUCCACGUCCAUUGUGCUUUUUACGCGUUUUGGGGUUGCGAGUUUCAAGUGAGGACAAUUCAAUUACAUGUAGCAGUAUGUUCAAUUAUUUAGUAAUUAUAUUGAUAAUUAUUUCUGUAGCUGACAACAUCUUAUUUGGUAAUAACGACAUAAAAGUCGGCGACUUUGGAUUGGCUGUGGAUCGUAGGGACAAAACCUCAAAUAUCGGCAUUCGUGGUACAGUGCCUUACAUGCCCAAAGAGUUAUUUUGUGGUGGGGAAUAUCGAGCAAGUGUUGACAUUUACGAAGCUGCUGGUGUCUGGAAAUAUUUGCUGACUGGUUCCCAUCCGUGGGCAGGAUAUGAAGCGCAUGCUGUUAUGUUCAAGGUUAGAAGAGAAUGAUUCAGUUCAUCCUCUAUAUAGAUCAAUAUUAAAUAAUAUAUAUACAGCUAUUUCAAUUAAGGUGGCAGGGCUUUAUCCACGCCCCAACUGACCUCUGGUAAACGGCGGUCAAAACUCAAUCUUGGAUUGAGUUUUUAAACUGAAUCUUUCCCCCAACGAAAAGGAAAAAAAAACGAAAAAAUCACUUUCACACGCUUUAGGUUUUGGAAUUCCGAGAAACAGGGUUAUUUGAGCUGGGUUUUUUUUUCAAAAUAAAACGACGUGUUUAUGUUAUAAAGCUACCUCUAUCGUAUAUUUUGUGUCUUGUGCCCACCAUGCUUAGAUGGCGUGCAUGUUUGGAUUUCUGAUAAAUAUUUCGAUCCAAUCAGCACAAAUGAAAUGGGAUGAUUAAAGAAAUUUACACAAUCUUGAGCUGGAAGAGUGAAAAAGCCGCAGAAAAAAUAGGCUCGAAUACGACCACAUCGAUGCAUGGCCUCUUUGUAUUGCGCAAUGUUUACAUAAGAUUACAUCAUUCACAAAUCACGCGGUUACAUUCAAGCAACGUGAUGGCAACAUAGUCUAAGAUAUGUUGAAAUAGAAAAAGCUUUCAGGGACUUUGCCCCUUGACUCCCAGGGCUACAUUCGUGCGUCACAAAAACUGAAUCUUCUUUUCUAAAACGGGGGUCAACAAAAGUGCUUGGAUAAAGCCCUGCGGUGGUCCCCGAGCGAAGCGGAAAAGUCGAACAUGAGCGCGAAAGGAUUGCUGGGAAUCGUAAUUGAUUAAUUGUAUACGGAAAAGGUAAACUAAAAUACGACGGCAAUUUAUCUUUACAUGCCAACGGCGGUUUUGCAACAAAACAAUAUUUUGAAUUGGAUCUGUUUUGAUAUAGGUUGGCUCUGGGGAAAUUCCAGAAAUACCAAAUAAUUGCUCUGAGGAAACAAAGCAGUUACUGAAACGUAUGUUCCAUCCUGAUAGCGAGAAACGGCCAACGGCUAAGGAAUUGCUGCAAGAUCCGACGUUUUCUGACACUUCAGGUAACUUGAUAAGUUUUGAAACCAACCAACAGUCCUUACAAUUUUAAAAACAAUUAUAUAUAUUAAUAUAGCUAAAAAUGGAUUUUUGAAUUUUGAAACCUGAUUGUAAUAUUGAUCCAUAGAAUUAGCUACAUGAAAUUAAUUUGUUUUAAUGUCUUCGAUAGAUUCCUUUGUAGCGUAUAGAAAGUGAUAAGUACUUGAUAACUGCAUGUUGGCAAAAAAUUGCUGCGGAUAAUUUCAUUUUUUGCGGUAUUGUCGACGGCCAUUGCCGUUACAUUGCAUCAAGCAGCAAUAGUGGAAUCUAAACAAUGUUAGCUGAAUGACCAUGAUUUGGUUGUACAAUCAAUAAAAUUUGUGUUAAGCUCGAUUCAAAUAAGAUAUGUCAUUGCUCUAACCGUUCAUAAUCGUAAGAUAACGCAAAGAAAGCACAAAUACGGCUGACGCGAGUUCCUCUUUAAGCCGCGGACAUGUAUGACUGCCUUACAUCGCAUAUGUUAGAAUUCUUUACCCAAAAAUCUUUUGUAAAUUUUGACAGAGUCAGUUUUAGACGAGGUAUUGGUAGAAGUACUGGUCGACACCCAGCUACUUCGGAAUGAUGGUAAUUUGGCGUUUGCACCAAUGACGCUUGAUGGUGACGAUGACGAACCAGACCCAGCACAGUAAGUUUGGAACAUUUUUUGUUGAUGCUUCACUAGUUCACUGUUACUGCAUGCAAGAGAUGGUCAUGCGUACAAUUUCGUCCCUCUCUAAAAACUAACCCGUAAGCCUCGAUCAAUAUUCACGUAUUGAGAGUUCACAUAUUGUUGUCACGAAUUGAUGAUUCCCCUUAUUACGUUUUCGUAGCGCUUUGCAUUGUGGUUAUAGUGGUAUCACUGAUAAAGAUAGCGGCCUCGAAUGAAAAUAUUGAAUGUUUUCGCGAAUAUCUUGCUGUUGGCUAUCGCGCACCUGAGUUUUUUUUAAAAGUUCUUGCACGGGUCAGGACAAAAAUAAGCCCUCUUUGAAUAUCAGUGAUACCACUAUAACCACAAUGCAAAGUACUACAAAAACGUAAUAAGGGAAAUCUAGUAUUGUUACGGGGGACAUUGCAAGCAUUAGAUUAACAAGAUACCGUAAAUAGAAAUUUAAUAUACUGUAGUAAGUGUUUAAAUUACGUUUUAACUUAAAUAAAAUACAUGACAGUGUUGGGAUUAAGAACAGCCGACCAAGGUCACGUGACUGCCAACUCUCAUGCACUCUUAUCUUCGUUUCAUCCGGUCUUAAGACAUUUUAAACUGGGAGCACAAGUUUCAAGCUUAGUAGUUGAAAUAUUGCAGCUAUUUGUGAUUGAAUUGUUAUCGAAAGGAGAUAUUUACCAUGUCUCUAAGAAAUAGCCGCCAUAUAUGAUUUCUAAACUGAUUAAAUGAUGCUCCCAUUAUGCUUUGCACGCUUAGAGUUUAAAAGGCCCUGUCACACUAUUGCGUAUCGUACUAGCGUAUGCCAGCGUAUGAAAAAUAUCACUCAUAUACGCCGGUAUAUAUACGCUGACAUACGCUAGGGUUACGUCGGGCAUAGGUUGUAUACGUUUCAAGCACGGUCGCAUACGGUGGCAUGCAUACGCUGGCAUACGGCGAGGCAGAAUUUUUUUUAAGCAUGCUCAAAAAUUUUGUGCGUAUUCGGACGUAUAGUUUAUACGAUAAGUAUACUCUAGGCACACGCUGAAUACGCUCAUACGCUGGCAUUUCAAAGGAUUUUUGUGCGUAUGAAAAUUAUUUCAUUAAUUUUCAUACGCUUUUUAUAGUACGUUUCUCUCAUACGCAAUAGUGUAACAGGGCCUUAAGGUUUAGGUUUGCAAAGAAUAACCUUUAUUGAAUUAGCUAUAGUAUAUUUACUUGGAGACCUUUGUCCAUUGGGUUGUAAAACCAGAUAAGGCUUUUCAUCCAGCUACAAGUGGCAAAGACACACUUAAGCCUGGUUCACACGAUGAAAUAAGCAUAAGCACAAGCAGCGAACCUUUGAUGUGCAUAAACGUAAGCAUAAGAAGAACGCAACAUUUGUUCUUCUUAUGUUUAUGCUUAUGCACAUCAAAGCUUCCGCUUGAUUAUGCUUAUGCUUAUGCUUAUGCUUAUGCUUAUGCUUAUGCUUAUGCUUAUGCUUAUGCUUAUUUCAUCGUGUGAACCAGGCUUUAGUGUGUCUUUGCCACUUGUAGACUAUCUUUGCCACUUGUAGACUAUUGCCACUUGAACACUAUCCAUCGUCGCAUCAAAGUCGCCAAGUUCUUAUACCAUAUACCAUAUAUUUUUUGCAGCCCUUUGUGAUUCCUCGCAGGAAAAACAGAACAGAACAGAAUCUUCAUUAACAGGCACGGAAAACAUGUGUAUAUUAGAUUAACACUCUUAUACAAACACUGAAGGAUGUGGUUCGGUAGAUAAGCACUUGUAGUACUACUUAAUUUAAUAUACAAUAUAGUAAUUCAUUUAUCAUCAUGUAAAUAUCAAAUUCAUAUGUAGACUUAAAAUUAGUAGUAAAGCAUGACCCAUAGUCUUCAUUAAUUUUCGUACAAUCAUUAGAAUUUUAGCACGUAACGCUCUUUGAGCAAAGUCAGUAGUUCUUAGAGGCUCUUAACGAUAGUUCUUAGAGCAAAUAUCGAUGUAAAUCAAUGCUGUUUAAAUUAGUGGCAAGGAUAGGCGGUACGUAGACAAUGGCCUCGAGGGGCAGACCCCGCAACAAUUGUUCUAAAUCCAAGGAGAACAUUCCUAAGAUCCAAACGACAACAGCUCUACUUUCAAUCCUAACCACCUCUCGCUGAAAAUGUAGCAACUAUAGUGCCGCUAUUGAGACCGUAGAAAUCGCAAAUUUUCAAGAAGGGUUCGAUCAGUUUAUGCUCCGAUCUCGCCACUGGUCUGAAUUGUAUUUAGAGCAAUUUUCAUAUAAUGUAAGUAUUAUUUGUAAUGAAUAGAAAAAUAGAACUUUCUUCUAAAAAAAGAAAAAUUUACUUUAUCUCAAUCAAGCUUUCUACAAUAUACCUAGCUCUAUAUAUAG